AUGAAGAGACAAAACGUGAGGACCCUUGCGCUCAUCAUUUGCACGUUCAUCUACCUGUUAGUCGGUGCGGCUGUCUUCGAUGCCUUGGAAUCUAAGAAGGAGACGACCCAGAAGAAGAAAGUGUACGACAGAAAACAAGAGCUUAGGAACAAAUACAAUCUCACUAAACUCAACUUCGAUGAACUCGAGGAAGUGGUGUUGCAGCUGAAGCCUCAUAAAGCCGGGUUACAGUGGAAAUUCGCUGGAUCAUUUUACUUCGCAAUCACUGUGAUCACGACCAUAGGUUACGGCCAUGCUGCCCCCAGCACAGACGGGGGGAAGGUGUUCUGUAUGCUCUACGCCCUGCUGGGCAUCCCUCUCACCCUGGUCAUGUUCCAGAGCCUGGGCGAGCGCAUCAACACCUUGGUGCGCUAUCUGCUGCACCGCCUGAAGAACUGCCUUGGCAUGCGGCGCACCGAGGUCUCCAUGGUCAACAUGGUGGCAAUCGGCUUCAUCUCCUGCAUGAGCACGCUGUGCGUGGGUGCGCUCUCCUUCUCCCACUUUGAGGGUUGGAGCUUUUUCCACGCUUACUACUAUUGCUUCAUCACGCUCACCACCAUCGGCUUUGGAGACUACGUGGCGCUGCAGAAGGACCAGGCGCUGCAGACAAACCCCAAGUACGUGGCCUUCUGCUUCAUGUACAUCCUCACCGGCCUGACCGUGAUUGGCGCCUUCCUCAACCUGGUUGUGCUGCGCUUCAUGACCAUGAACGCGGAGGACGAGAAGCGGGAUGCCGAGCAGCGUGCCCUCCUCUCCCGGAAUGGCCAGGCAGGAGGUGGGGGAGCUGGAGGAACGGGAGGACCAGGAGGGGGCGGAAACAGUGGUGUGGGGGCAGCGGGGCGGGGGCUGCGUAACGUGUACGCGGAGAUGCUCCACUUCCAGUCCAUGUGCUCCUGCCUGUGGUACAAGAGCAGGGAGAAGCUGCAGUACUCCAUCCCCAUGAUCAUCCCCAGGGACCUGUCCACCUCUGACACCUACAUGGAGCAGGGGGAGGCCUUUUCCUCCGACGCCCUCCACCCCCUUCACUCCAACGGCUGCGUCUACAGCAUGCACCACCCCCAUUCCGUCAUCAGUUCUGUGUCCACGGGUCUGCACAGCCUCACCCCGUACAGACUAGGACACAGCAAGCGGCGCAGCUCCAUCUAG